UGGGGAAGCAAGCGACGGAAGAGCAAAGUUUCAAUUUGUGAAAAUACACAUGGAAGAUUUCCAACUUCACUAGCUUGACUCAAAAGAAGUACUAUUCCGAAGUGUUCAUGCUCAGCGACAAUGCCUGGCGAAUACUCAUCUUCCCCAAGGGGAACAAUACAGAGCAUUUGUCCAUAUACUUGGACGUCGCCGAUUCCGAGAGGCUACCAUCCGGGUGGAGCAGAAAUGCCCAUUUCAAGUUGAUUCUGGUCGAUCAGAACAAUUAUGGCAAUUCUAGGAUUAAGGGAAAAGAACAUAAUUUCACUGCAAGAGAGAGUGUCUGUGGCUUCACAUCCUUUAUUCCAUUGAGCGAAGUCCGUGACAGCCGUAAUGGGUAUUUAGUGAACGACACUUUGAUGGUUGUAGCUGAGAUUUUGGCCCCCCAAAACACAGCUGAAAAUACUCGGUUGGCUGAACCUCCCGCAAAGAUUCCUCAGGCAACACUAACAGAUACAUUCAACACGUAUUUCUCAAAUCUUGAGGAAAUCAUUCACGCAGCUCAGAGUUCUCCUGCCAGGGGAGGGUCAAACGUGAGCAAUCAAAAAUGUGUCCUUUUGACUUCUGAGGCUCCAACCUUGGAAGAAGUAGAGAAGGCUAAGCUGUCUCUGAAGGAGUGCCUUUCCGAUAUCUUCAACCUAAAUGUAAAGGACAAAUUGGCUGAAGCAGUGUCGACGUUAAGCAUAGCCAAAAGCGGGUUAUCACAGGACCAGCAAAAGUCAGUCAAGGCCUUUUGGGCCAACUUCGAUGAGUUCACGUCGAACUUUUUGACCUUCGAGCGGGACAAUGUCGAAUUAGAGUUGCAGAAGUAUCUGAAGGAUCAAAUGUUUUGCAGGUUGAAGAAGAAUCAUGAGAGUCACAUCUUGUAUAAGGAGUUGUUUGGUGACCUAACUGAAGAGGAGGAAGAGCUCAACAAAAAACUUGAGGAAGUGAAGUCCAGAAGAGAAAAGCUCAUUUCGGACUGGGAGAUUUUGAUGGUCGAGUCGGAAGAAGCGAAAUCUGGGUACAAGGAUCAAGAGAAAAAAGUAGACGAGGCCGAGGAGAAGAAGAGAAUAGCCGAGGAAAGAAUGUCUAGAUCAACCAUUGCUUGGUCAAAUCUGAAGACGCUAUUCGGUUGAAAACUUUUGGCUUGGGUCAGAACUGGCUAUGAGGACACUGUUCAAACGGAUCUCAUAUGUGA